GCGCCGUACAGUGUAUUUGUAGUAAGCCCUCUGUAGAAGCAAAGCGCCGAGCAUCCUUAAGACUCCUCCUUCUCGAAGAAACUUUUUUUGAUUUUCGAAGACCUCAAACAAAAUGAAGCGUUAUUGUGCGGUUUUACUUGUUUUGAUUGCAGCUGGCUUGGCGGCAGCACGCCCUGAACCACCACGUGACAGUUAUAGCGCGCCACCACCUAGCAGCUAUCAGCCAUCGGGGCCCAGCGGCAAUUAUGGACCACCGCCGGUGUAUGGCCCACCACAGCAGCCGCCUGUGGUGCAUAAGCAUGUCUAUGUGCAUGUGCCACCACCAGAGCGUGAGUAUCAGGCACCAAGAAAACCCAUUGUCUUCCCACCACCACAGAAGCACUACAAAAUCGUCUUCAUUAAGGCGCCAUCACCACCAGCCCCAACAGCGCCAGUGAUUCCAGUCUUCCCACAAAACGAAGAGAAGACACUGGUUUACGUGUUGGUGAAGAAACCGGAAGAGCAGCCCGAGAUUGUCAUACCCACACCAGCGCCCACGCAGCCCAGCAAACCAGAAGUUUACUUUAUUCGCUACAAGACACAAAAGGAAGAGACCGGUCCAUAUCCGAACAGCAUUUCGCCACCACCAUCGGGCGAUUAUGGGGCACCAGCAGCGCCAUUCGCCUCCUCAGCGCCUAGCUCAUCGUAUGGUGCACCAUCGCACUAAGCGUGAGGCGGCAAAGCGUGAAGAAGCAAAUCAAUAGAGCAAGUGUGCGAAACUAAGCAAACGGAUCCAAAGCAUUUUUUGUUUAUACUAGAAGAAGUGAAGGUGAAGGUGAAGCCCAAAUGCCGAUGUGAAAAGAAGUGAAUGAUAAAAGUGGAGAAAUUAAUUGGAGUUUAGGGGUAUAAGAAUGAGAUUGAGAAUUAUCCAUUGAGUAGCGUGUAGCAGUGUUGUAAGUUUAGCAAAUAUUUACGAAAUUUUGCAGAAGUUGUUUAUGCACUUUGGACUAACUAGUAAAGUCGGUGACUUUUUGUUUGCAAAUUUUCUUCGUUGUUGUUACUCGUACUAUUACUAACAUACGCUACGAUUUUUUACUAUGUAUAUCCUUAUGAAAAAGCUACUUUUUUAUUAUUAAUUAACUAAUUGAUUACUGUUUAUUAAGCAACGUGAAAAGCGAAAAAAAAUUUAACGUGUGACAACCAGAUAAGCCUCGAAAUGCCUGCUCAUGCUGGCUCAUGUUUUUGUUUUAAAGAAUUUUUUUAUAACGAUUUUGAAGUUCAUUCAUGAAUUCACCGAAAGCUCAUCGAAAGCUCAUCAAAAAGCUACUCGAAAGAUCUACGAAAACUUUAUUGCCGUUUUUAUUUUUUAGUUCUUUGAUAUAUGUAGUUAUUUUUGUUGUUUCUAAUAACCGCAGCAUUGGCGAUUUGUGCAGCGAGCGCUCUUUAAAAGCCGCCUCUCCCUCUCUCUCUUCUUCUUUCGUCUGUAUCGGCUCCUUGUUCGCGCGCACUUUUUAGCCUUCGCAAUGCGGCUGUUUGUUUCAUAUUUAAUUAUGUUUUUUUAAAUGUAUGUUAAAUGAUGUUUUUAAUUUUAAAUGUGUGCGUUAUACAUAAAAAAAAAAUAAAUAAAGAAAUGUUUAAAUGUUAAUAAUAUCGCUCUCUUAGUUUUAAUUCACUUACACUUACAUUUAAUUGUUAAUUUUAAUUUGCUCACGAAUUGUCAAUUUUUUUUUAUUACAUUUCUAUCAAACUCUCUCCGAUUUUGUUCUUGUUUAUGUUGUACUCUUACGAAACCACAUACAUACAUACAUACACGCAUACUUAUAAAUUUGCAUCUCUACAUUUGUUAGUAUGUAAGUCGAUAAUUAACAUUGUACGAAAAUGUAAAGGAAAUGUGUAAAGUUGAUGAUGAAUUUAAUACAGAUCUUUUUUAUACAUAAC